CUACAUUACCCGGCAUGCUCGGCGGCAACUCCUGGCAAAACGUCAUCAGGCAGCGCCACCCCUCUGUGACAUAGAGAUCGGCGUCUGGAUGAAGGGACAAUGGACAAGAACAGAAGUCGCAUGACAGGGAAGAUAAUAAACCUCACUCUGGAGAUCAUCUACCUGCUGACAGGAGAGGAUUACACACUAGUGAAGAAGACAUCAGUUGAGUGUGAGACACCCAGCAGCCGAUCCCAUUUAUCAAGAGGACUCAGGAAGACCCAGAGCCUCAUCACGGUGCCUCCACCUCACUCACUGAUACAUGAGAGACACAAUGACCAGAAGAUCCUGGAACUCGCCAACAAGAUCAUUCAGCUGCUGACUGGAGAGGAAUGGGACUAUAUAGAAGGACACAGGGGUCAAUACAAGGAUGUGACGUCACUGGAUGGAGCCAGUAACAGGUAUACCCCAGAGAGAUGUCCCCGUCCUCUUUAUUCCCAGGAUCAUACAGAGGAGAAUCACAGUGUCCCACAGGAGGAUCAGGAUGAAGACUUGUUUGUUAUUAAGGUUGAAGCUAUAGAGGGAAAUGAAGAUACAUCUGAUAUGGGAGAUCAACUGUGUAAGGAAGAGGAAAUCCCUACAGGUAUCGACACAGAUGCUCGCCACAGUGACGGAAUUACAGCAGAGGAACAUCCCACCCUGACUACCGAUUGUGAAAUGAAAGAUAAGGACACCACGCAGGAUUCUUCAGGAGGAACCUGUAUUGCCCCGACUACACCUCCUGAACUUCUAUCUGCACAUCUAUCAUCUUAUCUCCCUCAUCCUGAGGAGCGUUCACCCAGUAGAUCGGACAACGUAACACGUAGAGCAGGUCGUCGAGGUGACAGGUUCUUUCCGUGUUCAGAAUGCGGUAAAUGUUUUACCCAGAAUGCAAAUCUUAUUAGACAUAAGAGGAUUCACACCGGGGAGAAGCCGUUUACCUGUCUGGAGUGCGGGAAAUGUUUUACACAGGAGUCGGAUCUUGUCAAACAUCAGGUGAUCCACCGGGGCGAGCGGCCGUUCCCGUGUAGUGAGUGCGGGAAAUGUUUCACCCAGAAGUCUAACCUGGUGGAACAUCUAAGGACUCACAGGGGCGAGAAGCCGUUUCCCUGCGGCAUGUGUGGGAAAUGGUUUACGCAGAAGUCGCACCUCAUUAGGCAUCAGGUGACGCACACGGGGGAGAAGCCGUUUCCGUGCCCUGUGUGCGGCAAGCGCUUUUCAUACAAGUCUGUCCUGGUCCAGCACCAGAGAAUCCACAGCCAUUUUCCUGUUUGGAAUGUGGGAAACGUUUCACUCAGAAAUCCAACCUGGUGAAGCAUCACAUAUUUCACACGGGCGAGAAGCCGUUUCCCUGCGCCGAGUGCGGUAAGUGCUUUACGCAGAAAUCCAACCUGGCCAAACAUCAGAUCUGUCACACCGGUGAGAAGCCAUUCUCAUGCACGGACUGUGGGAGAGGUUUCUCUCAGAAAUCCCAUCUCGGGGAACACCGGAGAACACACAGGGCAGACAUGGUAGGCCUCUGAGAGGGUGAGGGGCACACGUAAGUGAUAGAUGCUUUAUCAAAAUAACCAAACUCAUUAAACUUUAUGUAUUUCGCCUCGUCUCGGGUGGCGCAGACCUAACUGAGGGGUUUAAGCUUCAGUCAGGUCAAUUAGAAGGUGCUUUUCCACCAUUAGCUCUACCUCCUGCACCUCUAGGUGGGGUGGUUUGUGAAAGAUCCUUUUUGGGGAUUGCCAUUUCCCACCUCAGCCACUGAAUUCCUCUGGCCUUUCUGUUCUUGGAGUGUCUCUCUACUAAGCAUCCUUCCUCCCGGUGGGGCUGAUUCAGCGGUGGAUGCUGUGAAGGUCCUGGACUUAGGACAUAAGCCCACAUUUAUUCUCGGACCCCCAUAAACACAACGCACACACAGAUACGGAGAAGUUGCCUUAUAAUCAUACAUUUAUUGAAAGGUAAUGUAAUAACUACACCAGACUCCUAGGUAACAUCACACAAUCACCAAAGGGCUUGUAACGACAUCUCGUAAUUAUCACAUUGAAAACCAGUCUCCCAAAAAGUACCAGCAGAGUCCCCAAAACUCAUCAGAGGCAGUUACCCCAGUUUAAUAUAGGUAAACAACUCCAGCAGACUCUUCAGGGUCCCGGCCGCUCUGCCACUUUGCUUCACCAUCAUGGUGGAGCCCCAGCGACGCCUCUGCAGCUUACAGGGUUACACCCGUGGGCCUUCCCAGUGCCUUCAGAAUACCUGCUGCUAGUCUCUGAUAGUAUAAAGAGCUCCUGCCGCCAUUUAUCUGAAGCUGCCAAACAACAAACUCAACUUCCAACAACACAGGAUUUGGAAAAACUGACACACCCCUCACCCUGCCCCUGUUCCCUUUUAAAACCACAUUGAAACAUGACUAGGGGCACGGGAAACCAAGAGGAGCAUGCUGGGAGAUGUAGUAACUGGUACAGAAACUGGAAAUCACAUAGGAGCAUACUGGGAGAUGUAGUGAAACUACACAGCAGCUGCUGGGGAGACUGAAAAUCCCAGCACAACCUUUACACAGAGGAGAGACAACCCAGACUGCCGGUCUACGUUUUAGAACAAUAAGGUUAGUAAACAAAAAGACACUGUCCCCAACAGUCUAAAACCCUCGCAGAUGCUAAUG